CGGACGCCUUUUUCAGGACGAGUCCGGUGACUGCGAAUCCGGCCAGCGGCGAACUCCUUUCACCUUUUUUUUUUUUCCUCCUCCUCUUCCUCUCCUCCCUCCCCUCCUCUUUCCCUCUCCUUCCUCCUCCUCCUCCCCGCCGCACUCACGCGUGCGCACACCCAGACACACACGGAGACACACACACACACCCAGAGACACACACAUCCACGCACCCCAGACAUCGCCCGGCUGCUGCUAUUGGAUUGACUUUGAAGGCGGCGGGUGGUUCGUCCGCGGCGGCCGCACGGUGACUCAGGUGGAGACCCUUGGCAAGGCUGGAGGAAGGACUCCCAAAUUACCGCGCCUUUUUUGUUGCAUCUCCCGAGGAAGGAAAAUAAACCCCGGGACUAGUCCGAUCGGGGUCUCUCUCCUCAGGAACGAAUGCAGGGGUCUGUGAACUGAGUAGUGGAAGUGCAGAAGAAGGAGAUUGUUUUGAGGAAACGGGAAAGAGAAGGAAAAAAGAAGGAAAAAAUACAUAAUUUCAGGGACGAGAGAGAGAAGAAAAACGGGGACUAUGGGGAGAAAAAAGAUUCAGAUCACGAGGAUUAUGGAUGAACGUAACAGACAGGUGACAUUUACAAAGAGGAAAUUUGGGUUAAUGAAGAAGGCUUAUGAGCUGAGUGUUCUGUGUGACUGUGAGAUUGCUCUAAUCAUCUUCAACAGUACCAACAAACUGUUCCAGUAUGCCAGUACUGAUAUGGACAAAGUGUUGCUGAAAUAUACGGAAUACAAUGAACCACAUGAGAGUCGGACAAAUUCAGACAUUGUUGAGACGUUGAGAAAGAAAGGACUUAAUGGCUGUGACAGUCCCGACCCCGAUGCAGACGAUUCAGUAGGUCACAGCCCUGAGUCUGAGGACAAGUACAGGAAAAUUAAUGAAGAUAUUGAUCUAAUGAUCAGCAGGCAAAGAUUGUGUGCUGUUCCGCCACCCAACUUUGAGAUGCCAGUUUCUAUCCCAGUGUCCAACCACAACAGCUUGGUAUAUAGUAAUCCAGUCAGCUCGCUGGGCAACCCAAACCUUUUGCCACUGGCCCAUCCUUCCUUGCAGAGGAAUAGCAUGUCUCCUGGUGUGACACAUCGGCCCCCAAGUGCAGGUAACACGGGUGGUCUGAUGGGUGGGGACCUUACAACCGGUGCAGGCACCAGUGCAGGGAAUGGGUAUGGCAACCCCCGAAACUCACCAGGUCUGCUGGUCUCACCUGGUAAUUUGAACAAGAAUAUGCAAGCGAAAUCUCCUCCACCGAUGAAUCUGGGGAUGAACAACCGUAAACCAGAUCUCCGAGUCCUGAUUCCACCAGGAAGCAAGAAUACGAUGCCAUCAGUGAAUCAAAGGAUAAAUAACUCCCAGUCUGCUCAGUCGUUGGCUACUCCAGUGGUUUCCGUAGCAACUCCUACUUUGCCAGGGCAAGGAAUGGGAGGAUACCCAUCGGCCAUUUCAACAACAUAUGGUACUGAGUACUCACUGAGUAAUGCUGAUUUAUCAUCUCUGUCUGGGUUUAACACAGCCAGUGCUCUUCAUUUGGGCUCAGUGACUGGCUGGCAACAGCAGCAUCUACAUAACAUGCCUCCGUCUGCCCUCAGUCAACUGGGAGCUUGCACUAGCACUCAUGUAUCUCAGAGUACAAAUCUCUCCCUGCCUUCUACUCAAAGCCUCCACAUCAAGUCAGAACCUGUUUCUCCUCCUAGAGACCGAACCACCACCCCCUCGAGAUACCCACAGCACACGCGCCACGAGGCGGGGAGAUCUCCUGUUGACAGUUUGAGCAGCUGUAGCAGUUCGUACGACGGGAGCGACCGAGAGGAUCACCGGAACGAAUUCCACUCCCCCAUUGGACUCACCAGACCUUCGCCGGACGAAAGGGAAAGUCCCUCAGUCAAGCGCAUGCGGCUCUCUGAAGGAUGGGCAACAUGAUCAAAUGAUCACCUACUAGUUUUUUUUCUUGCAGUGGCCCUCUUCCGAUCCCGCCUGUGCACCGGGCAGCUUGUUAAAUGAAUGCGUAAAUGUCACAACAUGGCUCGUCUUCUCCUGAGAAGAUGUCUCCCUGCUGAAAUUUGAGGUGCUUUCUGAAAACCAGCCAGGACAGUGGGUAUGUGAUGUGGGGGGUGGGAGGGGAGGGGGUACCAGUUUCCAGGAACCAGUGUGGGGUCAGUCCAGAGAACAGGUUCCGCGCAUGUGCAGUCGUAUUCUCCCCAGCGUUUCGCAGAGGACUUGGCACUCGUUAGGAGCUCAGUAAAUACCGUUGCUCGAUGGAUUUAGCAAAAACAUGAAGGAAAAGGAACUGCUGAAAACAGAGCGGGCAAGAAAAAAUUGCUUGUGGGUAAUCCUUAUCCUCUCUGACCUCGUAGUGGCAUCUGUUGAACCAUCCUCCAUGGAUCUGAUACGCAAAACGUAGCAUUUUGAUAUAGGGCUUGAAAGUCUUCUCUCUUGUCAAAUACGCUUUUCUACAGCGAAGGCGGUUAGAAGCCAUUCUCUAUUCAUUUAAAAUCUGCAUCUUUAAAAAAAUGGUCAUUGUUCAGAUGGGUCCCCUGGGCCUUUUUCCUUUAAAAAGCUAAUGCCAUUACGUCGCAUUUAUUUUUUUUUCUUUUCCAACAGUAGUUUCAGUUUGGCAGAGAGGGGCAGACGCCAGGAGUAGUUUUCCUUCUUUUGGAAUGUGAAGAUCUCGUUUCAGCUCCCAACUACUGGCAUUGACACGCUCAUCAAAUACUACAGAAGCAAUAGCGGUCUAGGCCUCAGCGUAGAUAGGUUUUAUUGAUGUAGUUCUACCACCCCCAUGCCGUUCUCAUGUAGGGGGGCUAGGUGUAUCUCAUUGCUGCAGGCUGUCGCUGGGUGACAGAAACCAGUAAAUGGGAUGGUCACUAGCUAGGUCCCCAAACUUAUGACUUGUUCAGUUCCUUUUGCCAGGCUGGAUUGGAAAGCCCCAGUUGGUGAUUAGUGCAUCUUCAUUUAUACCCACCUAAGCUGCUCAUUUGCCUUGGUUUGUGGGUUCUCUAAGGAGAACACUAUUCAACUAAUCCCUCCAUCCCUCAUAAGGGGGUCUCUGGGACAUGGAAGAAAAACAGUGCUUGUGCACAGACUGAUCAGAACAGGGCCUCUGAUCUAUUUUGGAAAAGCAAACGCAAUUGAUUCACAACCAACCACUCUCCUCACCCUGAGCAUGAGCCCAUUCUUUUAUUCUCAGACUGAAAAUUUUGAACUUAAUGUGUAUAAAAUAUGCAAAUAGAUCACAAAUGUGCUUUGUCAUUUCAGAACACUUGGGUUUAUCAGUAUUGUAAGUAGAAACUUGUCAGCGGGUGGGAAGGGGUCAUUCGAUGAAAAUAUGAAGAAUAGCCAUAUUAAUAAAUAGUUUACCUUGCAAUUUGCCUCAGCAACACAGGAAAAAGGAAAAGUGAGUUUCUAAGGAGCAGUGGUAGAAAGGAAACUAAGGAACUAGCCAAGCCCGGGUGAACGUGUUGCCUUGGCUAUUUUCAGUCCUUCUGACGAUGGUUUUCGAAGAACGCAAAGAACAGAAUCACUUGAAAAUGGAUGCCAGUCAUCCCUCUUGUUGCCUCUACCAGAUUCGUAUCCAGUAGUGGCAAAGUAGAGAAAGGGUAAUCGGAGAAUUUUUUAAGAGGAGUUAAUGAGAAGAAGCACAACUUGGAUUGUGAUGAGUCACUUUCUGUAAACAAUAACUGUCUAUCUUUACCCUGUACCUUUAUCUGUAAUUUACCAUUUAUUGUAUUUUGCAAAGCUAAUCUUGGUUUAUCACAGUGAUUCCUUUGUACUUAAGGAGUUAGGGCAGAGCCCUGAGGGAGUAUUACUUUACAUAACCGUGCUAUGUAACAUUUUAGGCAACAUUCUUCAUUGCAAGUUAAAGUACCUUAAGUGGCAUUUUACGCAGCUCCGUAUUGUUAUAGCUAAUCCUUAUUUUUAAAGAUAUUUUCUGUAACAUUAUUAAGCUUAAUUACUGGUGACAAUGAUAUGAUAUACAUAAGCUGCACAACCUGUAUAUUGUAUGCAUUGAUGCCUUUCACACGGAGGCUCUUCAUUUCGAUGUUAUUGAAAGUUGUGUUUUAUAACAAAAUGGCUUAUUUUUUUCCCAAGGGUGGAAUUUCACUGUUUUGUAAUGAUGAAUAUGAAAAUACCUGUCAUCCUCAGAUUGUUUUCAGGUUAGCUAACGUGAGAAUUUUAAAGAUAAUGCCAAUACACUCUUAACAAGAAUGUCAGCCCUCCUGUAAGUGUGUCUUAACUUACGUACCCAACUUAACUUAGAUGUAACAGUGUUUCUCCCUUCCCCCUUCUUCUUGUCUUUCAGAAAAUAGAUGCUUUGUAUUUCUUUUUUUUAAGCCACUUGAAACCUCAAUAAAGGCUGUUGCCUAAACAUGGCAUACUUCAUCUGUUCCUGUUUGUGCCAUCUGCUGUGAUGUCGUCACUUUUACGGCGUUAAUUUCCUGCCACUACAGAUCUCUUGAAGGACUGAUGGAAUAUUGGUAUCUGUUAGAAUGCUUCAGACUGUAGAUGUAAUAAAAGGCUUUUGUUAAUAUAUUUUAACCAAAGAUGUGGAGCAAUCCAAGCUUUGAGCCACACACACCUGCUGCAUCAAAAUUGUCUAUUUGGUUAUUUUCAUAAUCAGGUGUUGCAUUUUGCCUUCCCUGCUCAUACCUCAAAUUGAUCCAUACCUCAGUUCGAUUCAGAGAUUCAGAGAGGUUAGUUGAAUGACAGAUUUUUUUUUUUGUUUUUGCUUAUUCGUUUAAUCCAGUAUCGGUGUCCUCUUGAAUAAUGCAGAUCUGGGUCACUGUAGGCAUAGCACUUGGAUUGCUUCAGAUGGUUUGCUGUAUCCUUUUUUUUUUCUUCUUUUUUCUUCUUCUGGGGACUUGUUUCCAUUAAAUGACAGUAAUUCAAAAGUAACUUGUAAAUGAGGGCAGUACAAGCAUUUGCAACAAAUAUUAACUAGAGGCUCACAGCGGCAUAAGCUGGACUUUGUCGCCACUAGAUGACAAGAUGUUAUAACUAAGUUAAACCACAUCUGUGUAUCUCAAGGGACUUAAUUCAGCUGUCUGUAGUGAACAAAAAAUGGGAAAUUUUCAAAAGUUUCUCCUGCUGGAAAUAAGGUAUAAUUUGUAUUUUGCAGACAAUUCAGUAAAGUUACUGGCUUUCUUAGUGAUA